GUGAAGUGCAAGGGGGUGAUGAAUGCAAAUUGUAAUAUCCCGCACAUUAGUUACGGAUGUCUGUCGGUUGUGUAUGCAUGGCUACUUGAAUAAAGAACUUUUAUUUGCACUGAUGUCAGGGGCAGGGUCAAGUGGGACUGGGCGGGGUCGAGGCACAGCCUCUCUGACUGACAACAAGACUGAGAACAAAGACACAAAGCCAAAUCCAAAAAUGUCUAAGGCACUCAGCACUUCAGCUAAAAGGAUUCAGAAAGAACUUGCAGAAAUUACUCUGGACCCUCCUCCAAAUUGCAGUGCCGGUCCAAAAGGAGACAAUUUGUAUGAAUGGGUGUCAACAAUUUUGGGUCCUCCUGGAUCAGUUUAUGAAGGUGGAGUUUUCUUUCUGGACAUUCAUUUUUCUCCAGAAUACCCUUUUAAACCUCCUAAGGUAACUUUUCGCACUAGAAUCUAUCACUGUAACAUCAACAGUCAAGGUGUGAUAUGUCUUGACAUCCUGAAAGACAACUGGUCUCCGGCUCUCACCAUAUCCAAAGUGUUACUGUCCAUCUGCUCACUACUUACUGACUGCAAUCCAGCGGAUCCCCUGGUUGGAAGUAUAGCAACACAGUAUCUACAGAAUCGAGAAGAACAUGAUCGUAUCGCAAGGCUCUGGACAAAACGUUACGCAACGUGAUGUGUGGGAGGCACAAAUUUUUCAUGGGCGGGAAGGAGCUGUACACCAGACUGUUGUUGCAAACCUGAGAAGAAACUGAUUCCCAUUUGUAGAGGCAUAAUCCCUCCACCUAUUCCACUCUUGGGAGACCUUGUGUACCAUAUAUCAAGUGUGUGUGUGGUCAUAAGUUUAGUUGAGCAUUUGGUGAAAUUGUGAAUGAGAAAAAGUCUGAAUGUUGGUGUACAGUACAUAUGUACUUUCUUAAACAUUAUUAGGCUGCACUUUCGAGGAAAUUGUCCUGGCUUCUUUCAGAGCACUUGCAUUUGAGACAUUUUCCCACUUGUCAUACGAAAGGUCAGUGGUUUAAUUAUAAAAAAUAGUUGAUAGUACGUCAGUGUUCAGGUGUCCUUAGUUUGUAAGUCGUACGUCUGUAACUCACUGUGCAUGAUUCCACUCAAACCACAGAAGGUAUAAGCUGUUGUCGUGUAGAGUGUAUUAGUUUUGAGUGGCAGCCAAUUUUAUAGUGCUCGAUUCCCGAGGUCUGUGGAAAAAGCAGUUACAUAGUAAAAUGUUUGCCAUUUUUAAGGUUCCAGGUUCCUGAUAAACUUAUGUACUUCAUUUCUUUUCUGUUACGAUAGUAUUUGUCCCUCAUGGGUAAGUGAAAAGAGAUGUGCAAUUAGGAUAAAUUGUGUGGCAUAACAUAAAGUUAAAUAAAAUUGUCCAAGUGUUUCUUAGAGAAUGAUAAUUUUUCUAGACCAUGAUUAUUUUAUAUAUGGAUAGAAAAGAAUAAGUUGCAGCAAUUGUUGCCGCCUUUAAUUUGUAUUUAACUAUACUAAAUUUAAUGGAACAAAAAUUGUAUUUACUGGUGUUUUUUUAAAUAUACACAUAUAUCCAUAUAUUCAAUGCAAGUGUAACCUUUCCUGCAUUUCCUUGAUAUUUGUAAAGUUCAUUGCUUUGAAAAUGUAAUUUUUUAUUGAUGGGAGGGGGGUUAUUACACAUUGAAAUGUGUAUAGCCUUAGGUCAAUUUAACAUGACAAAAUACCAUUGUAAGUGGUAUUUUUUUAUGUAAAGACUAUAAGAAUAUAUAAUAUGCAAAUAAAGGAAUGACAUGACA